CUUCCACUCUUAGGCUUUCCUUAGACCCCUCGGCUUUGUCUGACUAGCAGGAGGGGGGGGGACUGGCUGCUGGACGGCUCGGGGAGCCCUUCCCCGCAGCUCACCCCCAAAACCCACCCACUCACGGCUGGGUCAGGAAAUGUGAAGCGGGGCUGAUGGAGGCGGAGAAGCGGGGCUGAAGGUCCGCACUAGCGCUGGAUGUGACAGCCGGCAGCUCCGCAGUUAGGGCAAGUGUCCGACCCCACCAUGGAGGGCUGUCGCUGGGCAGCUGCGGGCACUCUCCUUCUGGCUUCGCUCCUCCUGAGCUCCAGAACAGCUCGCUCGGAGGAAGACCGAGACUCACUGUGGGAUGCCUGGGGCUCGUGGAGUGAAUGUUCACGCACUUGUGGAGGGGGAGCUUCAUAUUCACUGAGACGCUGUCUGAGCAGCAAGACCUGUGAAGGGCGAAACAUCCGGUACAGGACGUGCAGCAAUGUGGAUUGCCCGCCAGAAGCAGGUGAUUUUCGUGCCCAGCAGUGCUCUGCUCACAAUGACGUCAAGUACCAGGGACAGUUUUAUGAGUGGCUUCCCGUCUCUAAUGACCCUGACAACCCAUGCUCGCUGAAGUGCCAGGCCAGAGGAGCAGCUCUGGUUGUGGAGCUGGCUCCAAAGGUUCUGGAUGGGACCCGGUGCUACACUGAAUCCCUGGACAUGUGCAUCAGCGGCUUGUGCCAAAUCGUUGGCUGUGACCGCCAGCUGGGAAGCGCUGUCAAGGAAGAUAACUGUGGGGUCUGCAACGGCGAUGGGUCCACCUGCCGGCUGGUUCGAGGCCAGUAUAAGUCCCAGCUCUCAGCAAAUAAACUGGAUGAUACAGUGGUUGCUAUUCCCUAUGGAAGCAGGCAAGUUCGCCUCGUGCUGAAAGGACCUGAUCAUUUAUAUUUGGAAACCAAGACCCUCCAAGGUGUAAAGAGUGAAAACAGCCUCAGCUCCACAGGCUCCUUCCUCGUGGAAAAUUCUAGUAUUGACUUCCAGAAGUUUUCUGACAAGGAGAUAUUAAGAAUAUCUGGGCCUCUCACUGCAGACUUCACUAUCAAGAUCCGCUAUGCUGGUGCUGCCGACAGUUCAGUUCAGUUUAUCUUCUAUCAGCCUAUCAUUCACCGAUGGAGGGAAACUGAUUUUUUCCCUUGUUCUGCAUCCUGUGGAGGAGGGUAUCAACUGACAUCUGCUGAAUGUUUCGAUCUGAGAAGCAACCGAGUAGUAGCAGAUCAAUACUGUCACUAUUAUCCUGAAAAUAUCAAGCCAAAGCCAAAACUUCAAGAGUGUAAUCUGGAUCCUUGUCCUGCAAGUGAUGGAUACAAGCAGAUCAUGCCCUAUGACCUCUACCAUCCCCUUCCUCGAUGGGAAAGUACACCCUGGACUGCCUGUUCCUCAUCUUGUGGAGGGGGCAUUCAAAGCCGCAGCGUCUCAUGUGUGGAAGAAGACAUUCAGGGGCAUAUCAGCCCUGUGGAAGAAUGGAAAUGCAUGUAUACUCCAAAGAUGCCUGUUGUCCAGCCUUGCAAUAUAUUUGACUGCCCAAAGUGGCUUGCUCAGGAAUGGUCUCCGUGCACAGUGACCUGUGGACAAGGACUCAGAUACCGUGUGGUCCUUUGCAUUGAUCACAGGGGGAUGCAUACAGGGGGCUGUAGUCCUAAAACAAAGCCACACAUAAAAGAAGAAUGCAUCGUACCCACACCCUGCUACAAACCCAAAGAGAAAAUCCCCGUGGAAGCAAAGUUGCCAUGGUAUAAGCAGGCUCAAGAGCUGGAGGAAGGGGCAGUGGUGUCUGAAGAACCAUCGUUUAUUCCUGAGGCUUGGUCCGCCUGUAGUGUCACCUGUGGAGUGGGCAGCCAGGUGCGGCUUGUGAAAUGUCAAGUGCUCCUCUCUUUCUCUCAGUCUGUGGCUGAUUUGCCCAUCGAUGAAUGUGAAGGUCCCAAACCUGUGUCUCAGAGAGCCUGUUACAGCGGUCCCUGCAGCGGGGAGGCAACCGAAUAUACCCCAGAGGAAACUGAGCUGCUGUAUGGCAGCUUGCAGGAGUUUGAUGAGCUCUAUGACUGGGAAUACGAGGGCUUUACACAGUGUUCGGAGUCCUGUGGAGGAGGUGUCCAGGAGGCUGUGGUGACCUGCCUGAACAAACAAACCAGGGAGACCGCGGACGAGACACUGUGUGUAACCAGCCGCCGUCCUCCACAGCUGCUGAAAGCCUGUAGCCUGGACCCCUGUCCCCCAAGAUGGGAGAUUGGGAAAUGGAGCACCUGCAGCCUUACCUGUGGGGUUGGAUUGCAGACACGAGAUGUCUUCUGUUCUCAUCUACUAUCAAGAGAGACUAACGAGACUGUAAUUUUGGCAGAUGAAUUGUGCUAUAAACCUAAGCCAUCCCUUGUACAAGCCUGUAACCGCUUUGACUGCCCACCCUCCUGGUAUCCUACAGAAUGGCAAGAGUGUUCACAGACAUGUGGCGGUGGUGUCCAAAAGCGAGAUACACUUUGUAAGCAGCGCCUGGCAGACGGAAGCUUGUUAGAGCUCCCAGAAACCUUCUGCUCCACACCAAGGCCAGUUACUCAACAAGUCUGCAAAAAUGAGGAUUGUCCGAAUGAGUGGCUUCUCUCUGACUGGUCACAGUGUUCAGUGAGCUGUGGAGAGGGCACCCAGAGUCGAAAUGCCAUUUGCAGAAAGAUGUUGAAAAACGGGGAUUCUGUCAUCAUCAAUUCCUCGCUGUGCGCACCUUUGCCAUUCUCAUCCUUGAUCAGGCCCUGUGCAGUAGGCACCUGUGCAAGGCACAACAGGCCAGCUCAUAAGCAAAGCCCCCAUAUUAUGGCCGUAAAGAAAGUUUACAUCCAGACAAGGAAGCAGAAGAAGCUACACUUUAUUGUGGGUGGCUAUGCCUACCUGCUGCCCAAAACCUCCGUUAUUCUUCGAUGCCCCACAAGGAGGUUCCGGAAAUCAAUGAUCACUUGGGAGAAAGAUGACAAGAGGCUCAUCAGCUCAGCUCACAUCACUGUUGCACCCUAUGGAUAUAUGAAAAUCCAUCGCCUGAAACCUUCAGACACUGGGACAUACACCUGCACAGCAGGGCCAGCUCGGGAGCAUUUUGUAAUUAAACUAAUUGGAAGCAACAAGAAGAUCAUUGCUGGGCAGCCAACUGGUAUUAGGGAGGAAGAGGCUGUGAGAAAAGCCAGCUUAAAUGAAGCUUUGCGAACACAGGAGAAACAUAUGAAUGGGAUUCUCUUAAAUGGGAGCAAGGCUGAAAAGCGAGGGCACCUUACUGAUCCCAGCAGCUGGUAUGAUGAUAUUGUCUCAAGGUUGCUACAGCACCGGGGCUGGCCAGGGGAAAGUCUGGAGCCCUGGGAAGCCCAGGAGUCCACAGAGAGAAACACAUCCUCAGAGGAGGACCAGAGCCAGGAGUAUAGCCUGCCAUUUACAAUGGUCACAGAGCAGAAACAUUUGGACGAUAUCAUAAGGAACUUGUCUCAACAGCCUGAGGAGCUUAAAGAUGUCUACACUGAGCAGCUUGUUGUGCAGCUGGCUCACGAGGUUUUCAAGAGCCACUUGGAGCACCAGGAAUCUGUCCUCAAAGCAUCAAGGCGAAGAGUAGAUUCAGCCUCGGUGGAGUACCCUCUCCACAGACAUGUUUCUGGAUUUACCAGCUCCCUGAGGACAUCAUCUGCUGAAGCAUUUGUUCCCACCUCUGUAGACCCAGCAAAUGGCUUGCACAGACCACAUCAAAAGCCUGCCAUCCUCCGAAAGAUUUCAGCAGCUCAACAGCUUUCUGCUUCAGAGGUUGUUACCCACCUGGGACAGACGGUGGUCUUAGCCAGUGGCACACUGAGCGUGCUACUUCACUGCGAAGCAGUGGGAAACCCAAAGCCCACCAUCAGCUGGGCUAAGAAUGGAGAGGAGGUGAAAUACAACGAUAGGAUAUUACUUCAGCCUGAUGACUCCUUGCAGAUUCUGGCACCUGUGGAAGCUGAUGUGGGUUUCUAUGCUUGCAAUGCCUCCAAUGCCCUGGGAUCUGACACUGUCUCCAUUGCUGUCACUCUAGCAGGAAAGCCUCUGAUAAAGACAUCAAGAGCUACCGUGAUCAACACAGAAUCGCCUGCUGCCUCUGUUGAUAUUGGAAGCACAGUGAAAACAAUCCAGAGAGCAAAUGUUACCAUUAGCUGCCAGGUGGCAGGUGUUCCUGAAGCAGAAGUUACUUGGUUUAAGAACAAGGUCAAGCUGUCCCCUGCUCACUAUCUGCGUGAUGGGUUGCUGCUAAUUACAAAUGUUUCUCUGUCAGAUCAGGGGUUGUACUCCUGCAAGGCAGCCAAUCUUCGUGGGGCAGUAACUGAAAGCUCCCAGCUGUUAAUUCUUGAGCCUCCACGACCUCUUCCUUACCUAGAAGAUCUGGAAGCAAUGUUUUCCAGUGCUGGGACCAGCACUCGUUCCGUGCUGGCCUCUCCUUCAGGAACAAAAAUGACCGUCACUCCAGGGAGUUCUGCUGUCAUAGGUUGUGCAGUGGAUGGUCAUCCAACCCCAAACAUCACCUGGCUUUACUCUGGCGAGCCUCUCAGUAUGCGGCAUCGCCUCCUGUCAGCAGGCCGUAUUCUUCAGAUACUCAAUGUCAGUGAUGCUCCUGAUGGUGAAUUCAGCUGCCUUGCUCAGAAUGAGGCUGGCUCGCUCACACAGAAAACAUCCUUGGCUAUACAAGAAUACCGGUGGUCAGUGGACAAACUGAUGGCUUGUUCGGCUUCCUGCGGCCACAAAGGGGUACAGCUGCCCCAGCUGAGGUGCUUACUGGAUGGGGCCGAAGUCAACAUAUCCCACUGCAAAGAGAAGCCCAAGCCAACUCUGCAGCCCAUUGCAUGCAACAGGAGAGACUGCCCUCCACGGUGGAUGGUAACAUCGUGGUCUCCUUGCACACGGAGCUGUGGUGGAGGCAUCCAGAUGCGGCGAGUGACAUGUCAGCUCCUGACAGCGAAAGGCAGCUCUGUCCCAAUGUCGAACGAGGCUUGUGCCCAGGUGUCCAAGCGCCCUGUGGACACACAGAACUGUAACAGGCAGCCCUGUGUUGAGUGGGUGGCCUCCUCCUGGGGCCAGUGUAACGGGCCUUGCAUUGGACCACGACUGGCUGUACAGCAUAGACAGAUAUUUUGCCAGACCAAAGACGGGACUUCUGUGUCAUCAGAUCAAUGUAGUGCCUUACCAAGACCCUUGAGCACCCAGAACUGCUGGACCGACGUCUGCGGCGUGCACUGGAGGGUCAGCCUGUGGACCGUCUGCACGGCAACCUGUGGAAACUACGGCUUCCAGUCCCGGCGCGUGGACUGCGUGCACAUCCGUACCAACAAGCCCGUGCUGGAGCAUCACUGCUCCUGGAGGCCACGGCCGGUGAACUGGCAGCGCUGCAACAUCACCCCCUGUGAAAACAUGGAGUGCAGAGACACCACAAGGUACUGUGAGAAAGUGAAACAGCUCAAACUCUGCCAGCUCACCCAGUUCAAGUCACGCUGCUGUGGGACUUGUGGAAAAGCUUGAGGACAAACACAGUGAAAAUGGAGGAACAAGGGGAUUACAGCCUUUGCUUCACCGAGGCAAGGACUUUUACAGAAAAUAUAAAUGGAAUGGAAUUCUUUUUUUCAUUUUAUUUAUUUAUUUCCCUUUCCAAAAAAAAUUAAUAGAAAACCUUUUACCGAAUCAUCGAUGUAAAGGGACUUGACAAGUUUUCCCUUCUAUGAAUCUGGGAGACAGAAUGCAGCAAAACAUGGUCAUGAGGGUAGACCACAAAGAGUCAGUGAGCCCCAUGCCACCAGCAAUGGGCCUGAGAGGAGUGGGGCUGCCCCAUAAUCCACGUACAUGCCUGAGGGUACACCAGGAGACAGAUGGGGAAGGAGAUUAGAGUAAAAACCUAGCAUCACAUUGAACCAUCACAAACUGAAAGAGGGUAGAUUUAGAUUAGGAAGAUUUAGAUCAGGAAGAAAUUCUUUCCUGUGAGGGUGGUGAGGCACUGGAACAGGUUGCCCAGAGAAGCUGUGGAUGCCCCAUCCCUGGAAGUGUGCAAGGCCAGGCUGGAUGGGGCUUUGAGUAAUUUGGUCUAGUGGUAGAUGUCCCUGCCCAUGGCAGGGGGGUUGGAACUAGGUGAUCUUUAAUGUCCCUUCCAACCCAAACCAUCCUAUGAUUCUAAAUAACCAAACAGCUUGACAGAUCAUGGGGUAUGGAGAAAAAAAAUAAAAAGGCUAAACUAAACAUUCAAUUAUGCAGCAUACAGAUACCUCAUCUAAAAAAUUCAAUUAUGCAGCAUACAGAUACUUCAUCUAUCUUAGACUACUUUGAGAAUAUAAGCAUAUGAUUUUGCUUUACAAACCUAUUUGUUACAUUCAAGAUUAGAUUCCUUUUUCUAAACCCCUUUCUCCUUCUCAUGCCAGGCCUUCAAAUUAUUUCAAUUGGAGAUCCUCAGGAUCAUUUAGGAUCUGGUGUCUGGGGAAGUUGAACAAUGGUGUGUAAUGUAAGUGAGUCUAAAACACACCCGGGUUGUGCUUGUGAGGGAGGACUGGCGAAAGGAAGGUUGCCCUCAGCACAGAGGUGGGGUGAUGAUGUUAAUUAUUACCCAGGAUAAGGAGAGAAAGUAUGAUUAGCUAUUGACAGACUGUAAUACAAACCAGCAAAUACUGUCCUGUAGAGAGCACAGGAAGGAGAGAUAGCAAUUUUUUGUGGUAAGAGGAGCUACUUCACAUACCCCGUUCUACUAAUACUUAAUUGGAAAAGCGAGGACUACCAGUUCCCAGAGUUCAGGUAGGUGCUUUCAGACCUGGGGUUUUGGAAAGUAACUUGAGGAACUGGGUUCUCCUGUCCUGCUAACGUGAAAUUCCUUUCUCCUGGCAGCCAUGACUUUUGGACAAAUAGUAGAAAAAAGCUGUGUUCUGAUUUCUUUUGGUUAUUCCUACUCAGUAGAACGGGUUCUGCAUCAGCCCCAGAGGACUAAUGCCAAUAAUUUUUAACAGAUCUGCUCCUCUCCAGCUGCCUGUCACAGCGAGGUAGAUGCGAUAAAGCAGCACAUUUUAAAGCCCAUGUAUAACAUCCUGAAGAUACAGUCUAAAAAGCAAGGCUCAAACAUCACACCCACAGCAUGACUUUGCAUGGUGUCUCUGAGUCUUUCCCCCUGGCCAGCUGCAGUGGCUAUUCAGCCAGUGAAGUGCUUCAUCCUUUUAGUUCCUGGGCAUUCUCUGCUCUGCUCAGAAUAGGGCCCUAAAAUUAGAGGAAAUCUGAAAAGUAGGGAGUUUGAGCAUUGUGAAACUUUAAAGGAGAGCUAUCUGGAUCUGAGGUUUUUGUUCAAGACCAUCUCUAAAUCAAAGGCUUGGCUGUGCCUCUUCUGUCACCCCCAGUAGAGCUCAUGCCUUGUGGUACAUUAAUGAAAUGCUGUUAAAGGACUGCUGUGUUACAGCUUCCAUGACACAUGGAUUUUUCAGCAAAACUGGGAGUCUACUUUGGAGGUCAGUGUCAGGUUCAUGACAUGGAACUGUCUCAAGCUGAGUUACUUCAAAACAGAUCUGGCAGUGAACACUCUUACUACAAAUGGGUCUUCAAGAAAUAUUGUUGCUAAGCAUCAGUGCAACUUUUUAUUUAAAAAAAAAAAAGAAGAAUGUCUUUCUAUGUAUGUAAAUGUAUAUCUUUCUGUAUAUUUAUUAGGAUUUCUUGUACAAAAAGUGCAAUAUUAAUAACUGUACAUUAUUUUGUCCAGAUAAAUCUAUUUUGUUUUUUUUUUAAUCUCCCCAGAACUUUGUUCCUCUAAAAUCAACAGUAAUAGUGUAUUUCUCUUCAUUUUAAUAGCAUUUGCAUUUAAUUGGGGAUUUGCUUCACUGUGCACACAAUGUUUUAUAAACUAUGACAUGAGGGAGGGAUGAUGUUUUUAACUUGUGUAAUUAUGCAUGGAAUGAAGGACAAUUCCUUAACAACAGUAAUAAUGAUGAUGAUGAUGUGGUGGAUGUUUCUAGUACAGUAGUUAAAAAAAAGUACGGGGAAAUAUUUUCAUUUGUUUAAUAGCAAAACAUAUUCAGAUGAUCCCACGUUGAAUACUAGCUGUAUAAAUAAGCGUAGGAUAAACAUGAAUGAUCAGAUCUGGAGGGGCCACUGUGUUGUCUCUGCACAGUGUGGAUUUUAUUUCAUAUGUCUGUCUUCUGAAUUGUGACUUCACAGCAUCUCAGUUAAGUUAAGGGUUGCUGGAUAUUUUAUGAAAUGACAUUUUCCUUCUCUGAAAAGAAAACAAAACAGCAAACUUGUAUUUAUAUAUCUUUUUGUACAAUUAAUGCAGGUUACUUAUUUAUCUACUGCUGUCUGACGUGUUGUUUAUUAAUCUUAAAAACAAAAGCCAAACAAAGUAA